CAAAAUGAAUAAUGGCAUCGUGAAUAUUUGGCCUGUACAUCACAGCUAGUGCCACUUUUAGCCAGAACAUCAUCGCUAGUGCCUGUGUCCUCAUCUCUCUCUCUCUCUCUCUCUCUCUCAACUUGAAUACCGAGCCAUCUCUCUCUCUCUCUCUCAACUUGAAUACCGAGCCAAAGUUACAUGAUGCAGAUUACCAUAAAGGAAUCAUCCAUGGUGCUGCCGAACCAGGAAACACCAAACCACCGGCUAGAGGUCACUAACCUAGACCUGUUUCAUGCAAAAUAUCAUGUCCCUUUGCUGUAUCUUUACAAGCCAAAUGGAUCUUCCAAUUUCUUUGAAGUUAAAGUGCUCAAGGAGGCACUGAGCAAAGUUCUUGUGUCAUUUUAUCCUGUAGCUGGGAGAUUGGCAAGGGAUGCGAAUGGUAGAAUUGAGAUAAAUUGUAAUGGAGAAGGGGUUUUAUUCAUUGAGGCUGAAACAGAUUCUGCUAUGGGAGACUUUGUUGAUUUCAAGCCCAGCGACGAACUUCGACAGCUUAUUCCUACCAUUGACUACAGUGACAUCUCUUCUUACCCGCUCCUUGUUUUACAGGUAACCAGAUUCACAUGCGGUGGGGUGUGCCUUGGAGUUGGAUGGCAGCAUACUCUGGCAGACGGGACCGAAUGUCUUCAUUUCAUCAACACAUGGUCUGAUAUAGCCCGAGGCCUCUCUGUUAAAACCCCACCAUUCAUCGAUCGAACCAUUCUUCGUGGCAGAGUCCCACCCAACCCUACCUUCCAUCACGUCGAAUAUGAUCCAUUCCCUACCAUCAACACCCCUUUCCCAAACCCCAUUCCCGAGUCAGGUUCUAAAGACAUUUCUGUAGCCAACCUUAAGAUCCCAAGUGAUUUACUUAAGACUUUGAAAGCUAUGGCGAAGAAUGAUAUUGCAAGCAAGACCGAGUACAGCACUUACGUGAUCCUUACCGCACAUAUAUGGCGUUGUGCAUGCAAAGCGCGAGGCUUGUCUAAUGAUCAAGCAACCAAGAUAAACAUAUCCACCGAUGGCAGGAAUAGAUUUCGUCCUCCAAUUCCACCUGGCUAUUUUGGAAAUGUAAUCUUCCAAGCUACACCCAUUGCUCUCUCUGGUGACCUCUCAUCGGAGCCAUUGGCUCACACAGCGGAGAGAAUUCACAAAGCAAUAAAACGAAUGGAUGACGAGUAUUUGAGAUCAGCUGUUGACUACUUGGAAAAAGUUGAUGACUUGACUACUGUCAUGAGAAGCUCCGAAACUUAUAGGAGCCCAAACCUCAACAUUGUUAGUUGGGUGCGUUUGCCCUUUUACGACGCUGAUUUUGGAUGGGGCAAGCCAGUGAAUAUGCGCCCUGCGUUUGCGUUUGAAGGAAAAGGAUACAUUCUACCAAGCCCAAAAAAUGAUGGAACCUUGUCAUUGACCAUAUGCUUGGAGACGGAUAACUUGCAAUCCUUCCAAAAGUUAUUUUAUGAGUACCACAAACGGAGCUGCAUGUAAUGUUCGUGAGCAAGUUCAUGUAGCUUGGCAAGCAUGAAACGAUAUUCACGUCAAGCAGAUCAAACUUCUCUUGUAUUAUUCAAUUGGUUGAUGGUUCAAGACUCAAGAACUUUCAUGAAUUGUUUUCUUAUUGGGAGGCUAUGCCCCAUCAGGGGAACUUUUGCUGUACUAAUAAAUUCAUAAAUUCUCAAGUUCCAAGCUCAGCUUUUCUAAAUUUGUAUCAAUACCAAUAAAAUUGGUGGUGGUGGUGGUGGUGUAUUGAGGAGGGUGUUAUUAUAAGUUAUGGAAUGAUAGUAUCAUUCUCCAUUA